GCUGCCGUAGCCUACAUGCAAGAUCCAGCCUCCACUUACAUUAUCUACCAUUUAGACGGUAAAGGCAGUCGGAUAAUACCAGGGUAUGAUUGCAUGACAGUGUACAACUGGAUGCUUUGUCGAGUGUAAAAUGCCUGAACAACGAAAUAGUGAUGAAAUGCGACCGAUUUCAGUUUACCAAACGAGCGGUUUAGGGUGUUUUGCGCAGAUUGUCUAGCUUAUCGGAUGGUUACGAAUACAGGUGUUCCUGGGAUAAAAUGCAUGGUAAUAUUUCAGGGCAUGCACAUGACAUAAUGUUGUUGUAGGUGGAGACAACAUCGUCAGCUCUGACACACGCAUCAUCGCCGCUUCAUCUGCUUCCAUUUAACCGCGUCGCUCCUUUCCCCCUACCCACGGCAUCCCUGUCUGACGGAGGAGGCUGACGGCCGCUAGGAGAAAAGGAUGCUCACCGUAGCCACGACAGGACUGCGUCUGACCCUGAGGUAGACAUCAAUACAGUUUUUGACGGAGUCAUUUCUAUAAGCAGCCGCUUUUUUUUAUGAAUGAACUAAACACGCGGAUUUUUCUUGUGUCGACCGUGCUAUUUCAAACGAGGUCUUGAGAGAUUUGCGUUAGCUGUUGCAAUGAUAAAUCGCGUUAUGUAGGCUACGAAUACACUGUGCAAUACUGUCGCAGAUAGGCUACUAAUUCAUUCAUUUCUGUACAUUUCAUUACAAAGGACCCAAUAGCUGAACACUGACUGGUAGUGUGCCAGUUGGAAUUGAUGAAUGUGCCAAACACCAAAAAUGGCACUUUAAAGGUGUGGGCAGGCUAGUUCGUGUCUUUUACCUGCACGGACGGUCAGGAAUUAAGCGUAAAUACCGAAAUCCUGUAUUUGACUUUGAGCCUCUCUUUUGCCUUUCGGUAACGCAAACCUCUGUGGACAUAAUGCUUUGAUCUUGGAGCAGUCUUAGCUACUUCUCGGAGAACACAACUGCCUCUGAAACCUACCUGCCCCUGAAUUUAGCAAGUGAGCUGUGCCCCGUUAUCACCUAUUUACAAACUAAGUUUUAAAGCAGAGUAUGAUACCAGGAGCUGCUGCAACGAUGUUACCUUCUUCUGAAGCCGCGAAACUCUACCAAACGAACUACAUCAGGAACUCCAACUACAUUGGACUCCUGUGGUCCAUAUUCACUAUACUUUUUGCUAUCUUGAACGUGGUGGUUUUCAUGCAGCCAUACUGGAUAGGGGACGGCAUGGACACCCCGCAGGUUGGUUACUUCGGCCUCUUCCACUACUGUAUCGGUGACGGGAUCGCCCGGGAACUCGAUUGCCAGGGAACCUUUACCGAGUUUGCCGCCAUCCCUUCCACCGCGUUCAAGGCCGCAUCCUUUUUCGUGGGAACAUCCAUGGUCCUCGUGCUCUCUUGCAUCGGCUGCUUCGUCCUCUUCUUCUUCUGUAGCACGCACACAGUUUUCAAGAUAUGCGGAUGGAUGCAGCUGACUUCAGGUGUGUGUCUGGUGCUGGGCUGCAUGAUCUACCCGGACGGCUGGGACGCCAAGGAGGUACAGAGCAUGUGCGGGGAGCAGACGGACAAGUACUCCAUCGGAGCGUGCUCAGUGCGCUGGGCCUACAUCCUGGCCAUCAUGGGCAUCCUGGACGCCCUCAUCCUCUCCUUCCUGGCCUUCGUGCUGGGCAACCGACAGGACAACCUGAUGGCCGAGGAGCUGCUGGCCGAGAGUAAAGCGGAGGGUGGGAACGCCUAACACACUCUGAGCUCUCUCCGCACCAGGGUCACGUCCCUACAUAAUGAUCCAGGAUCCCAGAAGACAUCAAGCAACAAGAGCAUCUUAAAAAAUGUAAAAACAUACACACUCUACUACACACAUAACUACGUAGUUAUCCCCCACACACACACACACACAUACACAUACACAUACACACACACACACACACACACACACACACACUUGAACUCUGUUAUGAACUCUGGAGUCUUCUCACUCUGCCCAGCUAUCAUCUCUGCCCCUUCCCAGGCUGUGAGAAGCCUCCUGAGGAACAUGCUCUCUGUACAUAUUUAAACAGCACAUCAUUUAGAGACUGUUACCACGACCACCAGCCCCCGCCCUGCAUCUUUUACACCCACAACUGCACCAGAACACACACACACGCACGCACACACACACACACACACACACACACACACACACACACACACACACACACACACACACACACACACACACACACACACACACAAUAACAUCAUAAACUAACCAUGUCAUAGCCUAUGUACAGUAUAGUAGACAAUCACACUCUAGAGGCCCAUCAAGAACACAUUUCUCCACAUGGACAAUUAUUCAUGUAAUAUGGCGGCUCUUGUGACUGCCAAAAAAGCAUAUUAGAGCUGGUUUCCUGUUUAGGAUUACAUUUCAUUUUUUCCCUGUUUCCUGUGUGGUUAUUUUUUCAUGACUUAUGACUUGCUGACAAAGAAUGCUUUAUUAUCAGUAGUAUGUUUCUGGAGCAGUUAGCGUUAAUGAAUAUAUGAAUACAUGCUAUCAGUUGUACCUCUCAUCACACGUGGAAGCAUUUCUAAGACAAUUUCCACCUAACCUAACCUACAGAAGAUUAUCACUGGAUCCCCUCGCACUGUGAAAGGAUUAAGACUGCACUAGCUUGUCCUGUCCUGUGUUUCAAUAUGUGCGGCUGUUGUGUUCGUGUCCACUAGAGAGAGAGAGAGUGUGUUGGUGUACUCUGAGCACACAUUGACAACGGUAAGACAACAACCAGACAGUUUAACUGUAACAUCAGCUGAAACCAAGAAAAUCCAUAACCUGUGUUGUGUUCAAAAUCUGCAGUGCCCAUUUACUGUAAUGUGUAAUGGCUUUCCAACACAAAACCAAGAGAUUAUGUAAAUACAGUACUCCAUAAUGCAUACCUAGCUAUUUAUAGUUUAUUCUGGAUCACCCUUAAGACCAGCUCUCUUUCUGUCCUGUGGUUAUGAAAUAGCUUCAACCUUUUCCAUAGGAACCUAUGGGCCACUCCAGCUGAUACCCUUCUAUGCCUCCCCUCACAUGUAUGUACUCUGUGAUAACGUUCAGACUCUACUUAUAUCAGAACCUUUGUAGCAUAUCAGAAUUGUUCCAUUACCGCUGAAUACUUCAUUUGUACUUGACCUUAUCUUUUUUGAAUGCAUAUAGCUUUAAAGGAGGUGUAAAGCUUAAACACCUAUCCCCCUCCCACAUACACACACACACACACACACACACACACACACACGUCACAUGCACAUGCUAGUUAUGUAUUAUGGUGUUAGUUUGUACUCAUAUUUGCAUAUACUGCACACUGCUAGACAAUGUAAACAUGCACGUGCAGGUGACUGCACUAUAGCUUUUCUUGUCACUGGCCAACAUGACUGGUCUGACUUUGUUGCGAUGUGUAAAUAUGUCAGAACAAAAAAAAAUCUAAACACCCCCCGCGUGUUCUGUGUCUCUGUCUCUGUUCAGUCUGAGCCGUGUCUCAGCAAACACACCCUUUAGUUGGGUUAUAUAUAUAUAUAUAUACAGGGUAUUUCACGAGAAGAGGCAUCGCACCAACGGGGGUGGUUAUGAUAUGCCACAUUAUAAUCCCAUCUGUUCAGUUCUCCUGUUAUGGAUGUAUACUUAUGUAAAUAGUCCAUACAUUAAAAAUGUGUAUGAAAUUAACAAAGACUACAGAUUAUUAUAAAUGUCAAUAAAGAUUUUCACUGUG